AUGGAGCUCCCCGAUGUGUAUAUGGUUACGGUCUUGCUGGAAAACCGCCCUGUUUUAGUUAGGUUCAAUAGAUGUCAAUUCAACAAUAUCCAUCGAGAUAUAGCGAUUACUGCUCAAAUGAGUCAUCUGAAGAAUGUGCUGAGACUAAUCGGUUGCUGUCUAGAAUUUGAAGAACCAGUUAUGGUGUAUGCAUAUGUUGAAGUUGCUCGUGAUGUUGCUUCUGCUAUCGUUUUCCUACAUACUGAAUUUACUACGCCUAUUAUCCACAGAGAUAUAAAGCCUCACAAUGUAAUAAUAGAUGAGAAUAGCGGCUUUGCCAAAAUAGUAGACUUCUCAUCGUCCAUAUCAUUGCCUCCAGGGAAAUUGGAGAUACAAGAUCGUCUGUGUGGAACAAUCGGAUAUGUAGCACCAGAAUAUAAUCAGCAGGGUAUUAUUACUCAAAAAACUGAUGCCUACAGCUUUGGGAUUCUUCUCUUUCAGCUAUUAACCGGAAAGGAUAUUAUGGACUCGAAAUCCAAUAUUGAAGAGAGUAAUACUAUGGAUACACUGAAUUAUGCAAUUCUGGAAGAGAUAAUAAAUUUUAAAAAUCUUCCAACCAACCUGGUCGAUCACUAUACCAAAGACAGUAAUGUACUGGAUAUAGUGGAUCCUACUAUUUUUGAAGAACUUGGAAUUGAGAUUCAACAACAAUUGAAAGACUACUUGAAUCUUGCUAGGAAAUGCACAGCUAUGAAAGGAGAUGAUACACCAUACAUGAUUCACGUUGCAAGGGAAUUAUGUCGAAUUGAAAAGUGUUUCCAUGCCCUAGCUAUUCGUCAAAAUUAA